UAUUAUUGUAUUCGUCUUUUUAAAUGAAUAUUUUCUUUGUAUAUUCAUUAUAUACAUAUGCCGAUUUUCCCUAUAUAAACUCAAAACUACAAUAGAAUAAGGAGAAAAAAAGCAGUGAAGAAAAAAAAAAGUUUAUUUUUCCCAAUUUACUAUACCAAAUUAGUUUCCAAGAGGGAAAAACUAACUUAACCUUACCUUAUUUUUUUGUUUCUAAGUUAAAGUAACUGACUCUUUGGUAACAACUAUUACGAUUUAAAACAAGAAAUGCAAAAAAAUUUUUUUACCUUAAUUAUUGAUUAUUACUUUUAAACAAUUAUUAUUAUUAAUUAAAAAAAAAUUUUAAAUAAAUAAAUAAAUAAUAUUUUUUUAAAAAUUUAACUAAUUCUAAUGGGUUCAGAACAAAGUCGUCCAAAUAAUAAUAAUAAUAAUAAUAAACCAAAAAAAUCAAGUAUCAUAUGGAAUUCACAAAAUCUUGUAAAAAAAAGUAUCACUUCAUUAAAUAAUUCAAAACCAAGAGAAAAUUCUAAUGAUAAUAAUUCAAAUCCAAAUCCAAAUCAAGAUCAAAAUACAGAGAAUGAUAAUAUAAAUUCACAAAGUAUAACAGAAAAUAAAUCAUUUCGACAAUUAUUUAGUGAUUUAGAAUUAGAUGUAUUAUAUUCAACAUGGCCAUUACUUUCAAAAAAUCCUAUACGUACUGGUUGUUUAAUAUUUAAAAAUGCAUUUGAAAUUCAUCCAAAAUUAUCGACAUUUUUUCCAUUUGGUCAUCUAAGUCCUGAUGUACUUGUGGAUAGUCCAGAUUGUAAAAGACAUUCAGCCAAAGUUAUGAGAGUAAUACAUAUGGCUGUUAAAGCAUUAGAAGGUGAUAGUAAAUCAUUAUAUGAAGAAUUAGCAUUACUUGGAGCAAAACACGCUGCUAUACGUAACAUGAAAAUUGAAUAUUUCAAGAUAAUAAAAGAAGCAAUUUUAAUGACAUGGGGAAGAUUAAUUUAUGAAGAAUUUACUGAUGAUGUAAAAAAUGCAUGGGGUCAUGUUUUAGAUGAAAUUGUUGGAAUAAUGGGUGUUGGAUGUUUAAUAUUUGAAGAAGAAGAAGAGAAAAUAUUACAAGAAGAAGAAGAAGGUGAUCAUAUUCAAGAGUUUAUUACUUCAUCUGAUGAUUAUCAACAAAAUUUUAAAAGGCAUAAUAAAAAAAGUCGUUUAAGUGUAGCAACUGUUCCUAAGGAAGAAUUAGAUCAAAUUUAUCCUAAUUGUAAAUAAGUAAUAUUGGAUUAAUUUUGAAGAAAAAAAAACAGAAAAAGAAAUCUGGAAUUAUUUUAUUUAACAAAUUUAUUGGUGAAAAAUGAAAAACAAAAACAAAAAAGAAAAUAUUCAUUAUUAAGUUUAAUAAAUUUUUGUUUAUUUUUUAACUUCGUGUGUGUGUGCGUAAGAUGUUCAUGUAUUUGAUUGUGCACUGUUUUCAUGUUGCUAUGUAGUAUGUAUGUUUCACCUAUGAAUGUAUCUUAUAUACUACAUUAUUCAUUACCAAUAAUAAUAAAUAUAAUAUUAAUGUAAUAACAUACUUGCGUGUAUUAAACUAAUUACAUUUCGGUAUAUUUUUUAAUGAAUAAUUGAAGUCUCAUAUAAUUUAAUCUCCUUAAACAAAUUAAAAAGAACAUGGUAUAUCGGAUAAACAUGAAUUGAUUGUGUUUUAUAGUGUGAUGUGUGCUACACAUAUAAGUAGUAUAUAUCAUCAAUGGAAAUUGAAAUGCCUGGUGGUAGAAGGUUAAGAAGAUCAAAGAAAACAGAACGAGAACAAAGAAUGAUUGUUGUGGAAGCGAAGAAACAAUAAAGUCUGAGAUGAUUGAUUGACAUUUUGCAAAUGAAGUAUCUACUAUAUAGUUCACAAAUUUUACUAAGAUCUUCUGUAAUUUAUAUGUUCAAAUGCGUUAGAUUGUCCUCAUUUGUGUUCUCAUUCACAACAAUAACUUUACACAAACUACAAAUAGAUUAAAAUUACAAAAAGGGUAUUAUUAUUAUCAUCAAUACACUUUUGAUAUAAUUUCGUUAGUGAAGUCUAUAUGAAUAUUCAAGAUGGACCCUGAAGUCAUAGUAAGUACAGAAGAUAAAAUACGUAAUCAGAUAUUUUCAGCGGUGUUUACGAAUUUUCAUCUACUUAUGGUAGCACGUAUAUUGAAAGAACAGAAAGACGAGUUUCUACUUGGUGUUUUUUUGAACAUAUCGCUAGAAAACUUCCUCUGAAAGGUGGUAAAGUUUUUACAAUUGCGAUGAACAUGGACCUGUUGGAAAAGUAGGUGAAAAAGUGGACACUAGUGUGACAUUUAAAUUAAAUAACAGAUAACCAACACCAAUUUUUAAUCGAUUUUUGUAAAUAUUAUCGGCAUUAUACAUUUUCCACCGGAACUAUACGUACGGAAGAGCAGUUUGAUAAGCCUUUCUGUGUUGUGAUGAUUAGUUUAACAUUCAAAUGAUCUUUUUAUAUCUUUUCCGUUUAACCCUAUUUUAUCAAUUUCAUCGUUUAUUGGUACGCAUACAAUAACGUCAAGUAAUUAUUCAGUCAUUGGUUAUUUCUAUCUUGAUUAUGUAAUCCAGAUCUCACUUUGAUGGUUAUCAAGUACAACACCACUUCCUCUACGUACUAUUAUUAUUUUAUGAAAUAUAAAUACAUCUUAAUAGUAAACAUGUUUUAAC